GAGUUCACAAAACUAGGAAGGAAGGUUCAAAUUCCAGUAUAAAGAUUCUGGCGCCUGAACCAUCAACAUCUGUACAAAACUCUCUCUCUCUCUCUCACAUCGAAGAAGGAGCUUGAUCUAAAAAAUAUUAAUGUUUACCGACUCUCUCUACCUGACGUCACCAAGCAGACCCGACUAGGAACAACCAGUUUAUUUCACUGUUACUCCCAGUUUCUGCAAAAGGCACAAACUCCAUUAUCUCCCCUUCAGAUAACCAACUUCUUGAAUUCUUGAAUUCUUUGGACUUGACCGAACACGAAAGAAAUAUGGAUACUUUGUGCACCACCGAUAUGCUCUUCACCGAACUGUGUGGCGACCACACCCACCUCAACUCUGACCUCCCUCAGGCGAUGAGGGUGUCCCUUAGCGGAGAAGACGACGGGCAACGGAGCAUGCUGACCCCGCCCGACAGCCCGGUCUUUGCAGAGCUGACCACACCCAACGGGCACCAUAAGGGGUUAUACCAAGACGGAGUGGUUCCCAACUUGGAAUUUUUGCCAUUAUGUGACAACUUUAAUAUGAAUACUGUGUAUUCGCCUUUUUCAGACCAACCCUUCUGUGAAGGACUCAUUCGUGAUGCUCCGUUUGGAACGUCGACAUAUGUACCUGCUAUGCAGGGACCCGAAUUUACUGAUUUUACUGACUCUUUUUCCAAUUGGAAUCAACAGUCAUACCCUCCCAGUGCGUAUGAAGUGAACAGAUCAACCUUCGACGCACCUUUCGAAACAUUGCCUAAUGUUGAGAACUUCCUGAAGACACUUGCCGAACCGUCGCGUCCAACGGGACAUAACUCGGCAGGAGAAGAAACAGAAUUCGACAGCGAGAGUGAAGCAAGCUUUACCCUCCCUAACUCCCCAGCAACAUCCGACGACGGUUACCUGUCGCUUUCUUCUAGCUUCAACCCACAGCACCGCACCCACAACUACCAGAGAAGAACGGUCGAUAAACAGUUGUCGGUUCUUCGAGGUGUGACAAACAAGAGCUGUCACAAGAGGGGGCGUGGCCGCCCACGCAAGAUGCACUCCAGCACCAGUGGGGAGGACAGUGAUGAAGAAGUGACAACAAGACGCGGACGUGGGAGGAGAGAUGCAAUGCGUGGCAACCAUCUGUGGGAGUUCAUACGAGAUUUGCUGAAGGAUAAUCACUGUUGCCCUAAGUUCAUUCGAUGGGAGGACAGAAAAGAUGGCGUCUUCCGGUUCGUUAACUCAGAGGCUGUUGCUAGGAUGUGGGGCCAGAAGAAAAACAACCCACACAUGACAUACGAGAAACUAAGCCGAGCUAUGAGGUACUACUACAAGCGUGAGAUUUUAGAGAGAGUCGACGGCCGUAGACUCGUCUACAAGUUCGGCAAGAAGGCGCUUGGAUGGAGGGAAGCCGCUGGCUUAGAGAUAAAGACAGAGAGCGCCUGAAGUCGAGACUAAGGUUGGGUCAAAGUUGAAAGUCUACGUCAGAUACUGACGGCUAUUUCAUGUCGACUGAUUUGCCCUUUUAUGUAUUAUUGUUAUUUUACUUUUUUUAUCUUUUUUUUUUUAAAGAAAUUGUGGUUCUUGGAACCCAGUCAGAUAUCAACGGCUAUUUCCUUGGAACCCAGUCAGAUAUCAACGGCUAUUUCGUGAACAAUGUUUUUGUUUUGUAAAUACCACUAUAUGGAUCGCCGGUUUACGAAUACAUGUAAUGUUAUGGGCAGACGAAAUCCGACGACUGUUUUAUACUUGAUUUUACUUGAAAGUGCCUGACUUCUUCUGAUGUUGCUAUUAUUCAGAACUUUCAACUCAGAAAGCUUUGGUCCUUCAUAGUUAUACGAAGGCCAGAUUUGAUACAAAGAUAACUUUAUUUUUUUUAAGAAAAAAAGUAUAUUGAAAAAAAUAUAAAUUUAAAAGGGUAUUAAAAAUUAAAAGGCAUACUAAUGUUUUUUUUUUUAGAAUUUAUUUAUCUGAAGAAAAAAAUGUAAAUUUAAUAAACUUAAACAAAUUGAAUUGCCUUUUCUAAACGUUUUGUAUACGUCAGCUGAUAAGUAGAGUUAAAAUUUGAGAAGUAUUUUUUUAAAUCACGUUUUUAUACAUUUUGUACGGUUGCGAUCACUUUUUAAUUAAGAUCGAAAUAUUUUGAAGUUUAAGUUACUUGGUUAUAAAAUUACAGUACUUUGAGCAAACAGUAGUAGUUUUUAAUUUUGAGAAUAUUUUGUUUCUAUUGUGUCAUG